AGCAAAGGGUGGGUGACUUGGUGGUAGACUCUACUUGAAAAUUAGCCUACGUCACUACAGCAAAUAUAAGUCCAUGCAGUUGCUUACUUUCGGUCCACAACAGACACCGACAACGAUGGCUCUCGUGCUAAGGAUAAUUUUCCUAGCAAGUGUUGCAUAUUUAACUUCAACAGCGCACGAUGGACCACUGAUCCACACCAAGCUGGGAGCACUCAGAGGCGAGUACUUGCGAGUGAGGGGAAAGACGACAGUGGUGCACUCCUACCUGGGCGUGCCCUUUGCUAAGCCACCUGUGGGACCCCUCAGGUUGGCCCCACCCCAACCUGUGCAGGGAUGGGAGGGAGUCAGGGAUGCCACCAAGCAACCACCCAUGUGUAUACAAGAUCGACAGAUGUCUUUAAAUGUGUCGGAAUUGGUUGGCAUGAUUAUGGAAAUUCCUGAGGUGUCUGAGGAUUGCCUCUAUCUCAAUGUUUACACUCCUGUCAAACCUUCUGAAGAUGCUAAGUUAUCAGUCAUGGUGUGGAUCCAUGGGGGAGGGUUUUACAUGGGCUCCGCCUCCUUUUAUGAUGGAUCUGUCCUGGCAGCCUAUCAGAAUGUGGUGGUGGUGCUGAUUCAGUACAGAUUGGGAAUGCUUGGCUUCUUCAGCACUGGGGAUGAUAACGCCCCUGGAAACUGGGGACUCUUGGACCAGGUGGCCGCACUACAGUGGGUCCAGGAGAACAUCCAGAGCUUUGGAGGGGACCCCUCGUCUGUCACCAUAUUUGGAGAGUCCGCGGGGGGGGCGAGCGUAUCACUGCAGGUUCUUUCACCCUUGAGCUCUGGGCUGUUCCAUCGAGCCAUUGCUGAGAGUGGCACUGCAGCCUCGGAUCCCCUCGUCACCUCAGAGCCUUUGGCCGUAGCCAUGAUGGUGGCCAAUGCAUCAAGCUGUGCUGGCACCAAGCCACACGAGAUUGUGGACUGUGUCAUGCAGAUGUCAACUGAGGACAUUUUGAAGAUUGCAAGGAGUCAAGAAUUCAUAUUCAUGGUGACAGUUGAUGGACAUUUUUUACCCAAACCUGUGAAGGACCUUUUUAAAUCUCACGAAUUCAGCAAAGUGCCAUUAAUUAAUGGCAUUACCAAUGAUGAAUGUGGAUGGUUAAUGCCCGCGAGCAUGGCACCACCUGGCUGGAUAGAUGGGAUGGAUCUAGAGACUGCCAAACAGAUGAUCACCCCCUUCCUCCUUUAUUUUGUAGACAGCGACGUUGUUGACUUCAUUUUGGAAGAGUAUCUGGGGAAUGGAGAGGACAUGUUGAAAAACAGGGACGCAUAUACAGAACUCGCUGCGGAUAUAGUCUUCAAUAUGGCUGCCAUCAAGCUAUCAAAAGCUCACAGAAAUUCUGGUGCACCUGUUUACAUGUAUGAGUUCCAGCAUCCUCCAAGAUUCCUUUCGUACAAACGCCCAAGCUUUGUCAAAGUGGACCACGGAGACGAACUUGCCUUUGUCUUUGGAGGCUGCUUCAUGAAAGCCCAUGUCAAGAUAAAUGGCUCGUUCACUGAGGAGGAAGACGAGCUUUGUACAACAGUGAUGUCAUACUGGGGCAACUUCGCUCGCACUGGAUCUCCCAAUGGUCCUGGGUUGACCCACUGGCCGAUGUACGGUGCUGGGGAAGAGUACUUGGGGAUCGGGCUGAAGCAGCAGGUGGGAAGCCACCUGAGGGCCAACCGCUUCACCUUCAUGACGGAGACUCUUCCCAAGAAAAUACAACAGCAGAAGCAAGGACCACUGAUCCACACCAAGCUGGGAGCCCUCAGAGGCGAGUACUUGCGAGUGAGGGGAAAGACGACAGUGGUGCACUCGUACCUGGGCGUGCCCUUUGCUAAGCCACCUGUGGGACCCCUCAGGUUGGCCCCACCCCAACCUGUCCAGGGAUGGGAGGGAGUCAGGGAUGCCACCAAGCAACCACCCAUGUGUCUACAAGAUCGACAGAUAUCUCUGUUCUUUGCAAAAGAAUACAACAUGGUUAUGGAGAUUCCUGAGGUGUCUGAGGAUUGUCUCUAUCUGAAUGUUUACACUCCAGCGAAACCUGCUGAUGAUGCAAAAUUACCUGUCAUGGUGUGGAUCCAUGGUGGAGCGCUAGUCAUGGGCUCCGCCUCCUUUUAUGAUGGAUCUGUCCUGGCAGCCUAUCAGAAUGUGGUGGUGGUGCUGAUUCAGUACAGGCUUGGAUUGCUAGGCUUCUUCAGCACUGGGGAUGAUAACGCCCCUGGAAACUGGGGACUCUUGGACCAGGUGGCUGCACUGCGGUGGGUCCAGGAGAACAUCCAGAGCUUUGGAGGGGACCCCUCGUCUGUCACCAUAUUUGGAGAGUCCGCAGGGGGGGUGAGCGUGUCACUGCAGAUUCUCUCCCCACUGAGCACUGGGCUUUUCCACCGUGCCAUUGCAGAAAGUGGUACUGCAGCCAUGGAUCUCCUCACUGGCAUUCAGCCUAUGGGCACAGCCAAGACUGUGGCAGACAUAUCGAACUGUAUUGGCACCAAACCACAGCAAAUUGUUGACUGUGUAAUGCAAAUGUCGACUGAGGAUGUUUUAAAUGUUACGAUGAAUACAGGUUGGAUCUAUGGGCCGGCCCUGGAUGGACAUUUUUUACCAAAGAAAGUGGGGGACAUUUUUGAGUCUCAGGAAUUCAACAAAGUGCCAUUAAUUAAUGGUAUCAACAAUGAUGAAUGUGGGUGGUCAGUGGUUUCGUCAAUGGCUCCACCUGGUUGGGAAGAGGGAAUGGAUUUUGAGACAGUCCAAAAGUUAAUAGCCGCCUUCUUCCCAAACACAGAAGACUGGGCCAUUGACUUGGUUUUGGAUAAGUACCUGGGGAGUGGGGAGGACCGCAUCAAAAACAGAGAUGGAUUCACAGAGCUCUUAGCAGAUCUAAUCUUCCUUAUUCCUGCCAUCAAGCUGUCGAAGGCUCACAGAGAUUCUGGAGCACCAGUUUACAUGUAUGAGUUGCAGCAUCCUCCAAGCAUACUCACGGACAAGCGUCCAAGCUUUGUAAAGGUGAACCAUGGAGACGAUAUUGCAUUUGUGUUUGGAGGCCCAUUCAUGAAAAGUCAUGUCAAGAUUAAUGGCACCUUCACAGAGGAAGAAGACGAGCUUUGUAGAACAAUGAUGUCAUACUGGGGCAACUUCAGCCCCAAGACUGGAUCCCCCAAUGGUCCAGGGUUGACCCACUGGCCGAUGUACGGUGCUGGGGAAGAGUACUUGGGGAUCGGGCUGAAGCAGCAGGUGGGAAGCCACCUGAGGGCCAACCGCUUCACCUUCAUGACGGAGACUCUUCCCAAGAAGAUCCAGGAGAUACAACAGCAGAAGCAGCAGCGCAGUGAUGAGCUGUAG